AUGUCUACCUCUACUUCUACAUCAACUGCUUCUAUUAAUAAUAUCAAAAAUUUCGUAUAUAAUAUUCUAAAAACCUUUAAGAAUAGUAUUAUUAAGAGUAAAAAAAUUACAGAACUAGGGCCAUGCUCCGAAUAUAGCAAUGACAUUUUAAUAUCUCCUCUCAAGGCAUUUAUAUAUCUAACAUGCAGACACUUUUUUCAUAGACUCUGUAUCGAAAAAAAGCUUUUACUUACUGUUCCAAACACAUGUUCAUUCCCGGGUUGUGGAAAGAAUGUGGAAAUAUUAGAUCAAGCUAAUCCCCUUGGUACUAUUUCCAAUUUGCUGUUAACUGAUCUCAAGGGGGCCCCCCAAUUAACUGAAAUUUCACUUUUGAUGGGCGAAACAUUUGCCCUAUCUUUACCACCUAUAUGGAUGGAAGAGAUCGAGAGUUUAGCAACCCAACAAGGCAAAAGUAAUUUGCCCUAUCUUUACCACCUAUAUGGAUAG